CCCCUUUUGAAGUUCUUCAGAUAAUGUCUUUCGCAAGAGGAGCAUUUCGUGUUUCGGCAACACUACGUGAUAAGAGUGCAUUGGAAGGCAUCUUGAAAAAGAGACCGGAUGAUGUUGUUUUCACAACUGCUCUACGAACGCCAGUUGCAAGAAUGAAAAAAGGAUACAAAGAUGCAUAUCCUGAAGAAUUAUUGGCAUUCGUGCUACAACGAACAAGAGAGAGAUUAGAGAACAAAGGAGUUUCAAUCGAUGCAAUCGAGGAUAUUUGUACCGGAACAGUCUUGAUGGAAUUAGGUGGCGCAAAAAGUGGUAGAUUGGCAGCUCUGCAUGCUGGAAUGCCAAUCACGAGCGCAUACAGUACAGUAAAUAGACAAUGUGCAUCUUCUUUGCAAUCAAUCACAAACAUUGCACAAUCUAUUCAAACAGGGCAGAUUGCAGUAGGAAUUGCAGCAGGAGUAGAAAGUAUGACGAGAGAUUGGGGAACUAGAGCAAUCCCAGUAAAACUUUCACCUGCAAUGGCACAAUCACCAAAUCAAGAUGCAAGAGAUUGUUUGAUGAGUAUGGGAUUGACUUCGGAAAACGUUGCCGCUCAAUGGAAAAUCGGAAGAGAUGAACAAGAUGAAUUUGCAGCUACAAGUCAACAACGUGCAGCUGCAGCCCAAGAAGAUGGUAGAUUAGCCCAAGAAAUUGAACCGAUCGAAGUUCGUUGGAUGGACGACGCAGGUAAUGAGACAACAAGACUUGUUGAGAAGGACGAAGGUGUACGAAAAGGAACAACAAAAGAGACAUUGGCUAAAUUGAAACCUGCAUUCAAAGAAGACGGAACGUCAACUGCCGGAAAUUCAAGUCAAGUUUCUGAUGGUGCUGUUGCUUUGACAAUGGCACGUCGUGAUGUGGCAGAGAAGUUGGGUAUGGAAAUUUUGGGUAAAUGGGUCGGAACAUCAACGAUUGGUGUCAAGCCAGAUAUUAUGGGAGUUGGACCAGCUUAUGCAUCUCCAAAGCUACUCAAUCGAUUCGGAUUAGAUGCAAAAGAGAUUGAUUUAUGGGAAAUCAAUGAAGCAUUUGCAUCUCAAGUUUUAAUGACUAUGGGUCAUUUGGGAAUAAGUCAUGAUCAAGUGAAUGUAAAAGGAGGAGCAAUCGCUCUUGGACAUCCUUUGGGUGCAUCAGGUGGUAGAUUGGUUACCAGUUUAUUGUCAGAAUUACGCAGGACUGGUAAGCAAACUGGAGUGGCCACCCUUUGUUGCGGAACUGGCUAUGGAAAAGCAAGUCUGAUCGUAGCAGAAUAAAUGUAGAAUAGCCAUUCAUGCUUUUAAUUUUCAUCCUUUUCUGUCGAUCCGUC